CUUUACAAAACCCUAGAUAAGCAAGCGUUGAGGAAAGAAGAUCUGUGAGACCAAAAUCGAGUUUGGAUUCACCAAAAAUGGCAAGAUCGAUUCUACUUCAGCUGGUCCGAUCACAAACAACCUACCAUCGGACCUCCUCUAAGCUCCUCACAGGUUUCUAUCCCCAUGGAUUUGGAAGAUGUUUGACUCAGAAAAGUCAAACUGCCACUCAUGACUUCCUUCCUGCAAAACAUCUUUCGUUUGUACAGAGACGAUGGGCGUCUCAAUCUGCCGCCACUGAAGAUACCGGCAAGAUCACCAUUGGACCUCCUAAAGGUCUAGAUUCAGAAAAAGACGAUAAAGAUUCAGGAGUCGUCUACUACGGGCCAAUAUCAAACACCAUAAAGAAAGUCAAACUUCUUUCACUAUCCACCUGCUGCCUUUCCGUAUCUUUAGGACCCGUAAUCACCUUUAUGACCUCACCCGACAUGAACGUGAUCUUGAAAGGUGCAGUUGCAUCGUCUGUUAUAUUCUUGAGUGCUUCCACUACUUUGGCCCUUCAUUGGUUUGUGAGCCCUUACAUUCAUAAGCUGAGGUGGCAGCCUGGUUCAGACACGUUCGAGGCCGACAUGAUGACGUGGCUAGCAACCUUCGUGACUAAAACUAUUAAGUUUUCUGACAUUAGGCUACCGCAAACUAAUAGGCCUUUUGUGACGUUUAAGGCUAAUGGCGAAUUUUAUUUUGUGGAUGCUGAUCACUGUCAUAACAAGGCGCUUUUAGCAAGAUUAACACCGACAGCAAAGGCGACACAAGAUUCGGCUCUCAAGAACUUGUGAUGUCAAUACGCUAUGAUUUGAUUUGCUUUCGGGAAGUGAAAUGGAGAUGGUGGGUUUCAAAUAUUGAGCCUUUAGAAAUAAAUUUGGAUACAAUACUGUUUUGAGAAUUUACUUUUAUUUUUUAGAAUGUGGGUUUUAUUUCUUUUGUUGUCUCAUGUCUGCAUGACUAAUAAGUCAAAUUUUGGAUCUGUGUAUUUACUUUGCUUGUGUUUCCGACUAAUGUAACCCUUAUACGGGGCGUUUUCCCACACUAAA